AUGUUUCUACAAUACUAUACAAAAGGUUUCAGUGGAUACAACUUACAAUAUUCCCCAUAUUAUGAUGAUAAGAUUGCACUAGUAACAGGAUCAAACUUCGGGUUAGUUGGAAACGGUAAACUCUUUAUAUUGAGCAUUGAGCCGAAUGGACAGAUCUUGGAGACGAACUCGUUUCUAACCAAGGAUUGCCCCUUUGAUGUGGCAUGGAAUGAAUCAAAUUCGAACCAAGUGCUGGUGGCGCAAGGAGAUGGGACUUUGCGGUUAUUUGACACCAAUUUGAAACAGUAUCCCAUUGCUAUAUUUAAAGGACAUCAAAGAGAGGUGUUAAGUUGUGAUUGGAGUUUGGUCAAUAAAGAUAGAUUUGUUAGUAGUUCAUGGGAUGGAACUGUCAAACUUUGGUCCCCAGCAAGAACUGAGAAUAGUUUAUUUACUUUAAGUCAAGAGGAUAAGUCCAAAAAUAUGGUAAAUAGUGAUAAAAAUUGUAUAUAUCAAGCUAAAUUCUCACCACAUGAUGAUAAUAUUGUAAUAGCGUCGUCAGGUAGUUCCAUUGUAUCGUUGUACGAUCUUCGGAUAAAUACAGUGAAUAACAACAAUAUAAUAUGUCAGUUUAUAUCGAAUUCUGGAUUAGAGACGUUAUGUUGUGAUUUCAAUAAAUACAGACCACAUAUUAUAGCUACUGGAGGCGUGGAUAAUAGGAUCAAGAUAUGGGAUUUACGUAUGUUACGUAGUGACCAAACAAAGUUCAAGGGAUUGAACAAUAAUGUUACAUCAUGUGUGAAUGAGAUUAUCAACGGACAUGCGUUAGCUGUUAGACAAAUCAAGUGGUCUCCACAUAGUAGUCAUCACUUCAUGACCACAUCAUAUGACAUGACAGCAUGUGUAUGGAAUGAUUUAUCUUUCAAUGGGAAAACUUACACGGGACGGAAUAAUAUGACUCAUGAUACAUUAAACCAUGGCUGUGUAAAGCGGAUGACCAGACAUACAGAGUUUGUAUUUGGAGCAGAUUGGAGUUUAUGGGGUGAUCCAGGUAUAGUUGCUACUACUGCAUGGGAUGGAUAUACCUAUAUAUGGAAUGCGUUGAGAUAA